AUGGAUAGUAAUUUAAGUAGAAGUAUAAGUCGGAGUUUGAGUAGAUCAAGUUGGAAAAUGGAAGAAGUAUUUGCUAGUGGAAGAUAUUCAAGAAGAACUUCCCAAGUUGAUGAAGAUGAAGAAGCACUUAAAUGGGCUGCAAUUGAGAAAUUACCAACCUAUGAUAGGUUGAGAACAAGUAUUAUGCAAACAUUUACGGAAGAACCUCAACAAGGAAACAGGAUGCAACACAAAGAGGUUGAUGUUAGGAAGCUUGAUAUGAAUGAAAGACAACAAAUUAUUGACCAAAUUUUCAAGGUUGCUGAAGAAGAUAAUGAAAAGUAUCUCAAGAAAUUCAGAAACAGAAUUGAAAAGGUUGGAAUAAGACUUCCAACAGUAGAAGUGCGGUUUAAGAAUUUAACAGUUGAAGCAGAUUCUUAUGUUGGAAGCAGAGCUUUACCAACAUUACCAAAUGUUGCAUUAAACAUUGUUGAAUCUGCUCUUGGAAUGUUUGGAAUUAAUACAGCUAAAAGAACCAAACUCACCAUUCUUAAAAAUGCUUCUGGCAUUAUUAAACCAUCAAGGAUGGCCCUAUUACUUGGUCCCCCUUCAUCAGGUAAAACAACCCUAUUGCUGGCAUUGGCUGGAAAAUUGGAUGCUGAAUUGAGGGUGAAAGGAGAAAUUACUUACAAUGGACACAAACUUAAUGAAUUUGUGCCAAGAAAAACUUCAGCAUACAUCAGUCAAAAUGAUGUUCAUGUUGGAGAAAUGACUGUUAAAGAAACAUUGGAUUUCUCAGCUAGAUGUCAAGGAGUUGGAACAAGAUACGAUCUAUUAAGUGAGCUUGCCAGAAGGGAAAAGGAAGCUGGUAUAUUUCCUGAAGCAGAACUUGACCUUUUCAUGAAGGCUACUGCAGUGAAAGGAACAGAAAGUAGUCUCAUUACUGAUUAUACUUUAAAAAUAUUAGGGCUUGAUAUUUGUAAGGACACCAUAGUGGGAGAUGAGAUGCAUAGAGGUGUAUCUGGUGGCCAAAAGAAACGUGUUACAACAGGUGAAAUGAUUGUUGGGCCCACAAAAACACUAUUCAUGGAUGAAAUAUCAACUGGUUUAGAUAGUUCAACAACAUUUCAAAUUGUGAAAUGUUUGCAACAAAUUGUUCACCUAAGUGAAGGGACAAUCUUAAUGUCACUUCUCCAACCGGCUCCUGAGACGUUCGAUCUUUUCGAUGACAUUAUUUUGAUAUCCGAGGGUCAAGUCGUGUACCAAGGUCCACGUGAUCACAUUGUCGAAUUCUUUGAAUCGUGUGGCUUUCGUUGCCCCGAAAGAAAAGGAACCGCUGAUUUCUUGCAAGAGGUUACGUCGAGAAAAGACCAAGAACAAUAUUGGGCAGACAAAAACAGACCAUACAGAUAUGUUUCGGUAACAGAAUUUGCAAACAAAUUCAAACAAUUCCAUGUUGGCAUCCUUCUCGAUCAAGAAUUAUCUGUUUCAUUCGACAAAUCAAGUGCGCACAAAGCGGCUCUUGUUUAUAGCAAAAACUCAGUUCCAACAAUGGACAUUCUUAAAGCAUGUUGGGACAAAGAAUGGCUUCUCAUCAAAAGAAACUCAUUCGUCUACAUAUUCAAAACCGCGCAAAUUUGCAUCAUUGCAAUCAUAGCAGCAACUGUUUUCUUGAGAACUGAAAUGAAGAGAAAUAAUGAAGAUGAUGCUGCACUUUACAUUGGUGCAAUUUUGUUCUCCAUGAUUAUGAACAUGUUCAAUGGUUUCGCCGAACUUGCUCUUACGAUUCAAAGACUUCCCGUGUUUUAUAAACAUAGGGAUCAUCUUUUCCAUCCUGCUUGGACUUACACGCUCCCGAAUUUUCUGUUGCGUCUUCCAAUUUCGUUGUUUGAGUCUCUUGCUUGGAUGAUUGUUACCUAUUACACCAUUGGAUUCGCUCCUGAAGCCAGCAGGUUCUUCAAGCAACUGUUGUUGGUGUUCCUUAUUCAACAAAUGGCAGCUGGAAUGUUUAGAUUCAUUGCUGGAACAUGUAGGACGAUGAUUAUUGCAAACACGGGUGGAGCUCUUAUGCUUCUUGUUGUUUUUCUACUCGGUGGUUUCAUCAUUCCGAAACGUGAAAUUCCUAACUGGUGGAUGUGGGCUAAUUGGGUUUCACCAUUGUCAUAUGCUUUCCAUUCUUUGACUGUCAAUGAAAUGUAUGCUCCAAGGUGGAUGCAUCCAGGGAGUUCAUCAGAUAAUACUACAACAUUGGGUUUAGCUGUGAUGAAGAAUUUUGAUGUUUAUGCCAACCCAAAUUGGUAUUGGAUAGGUGCCGGAGCUCUUGCUGCUUUCACGGUUUUUUACAAUGUUCUCUUCACUCUUUCACUUAUGUAUCUAAGUCCUCUCGGAAAUAAACAAGCGAUUCUAUCUGAGGAAGAUGCGAGUGAAAUGGAGAAUGAAGGAGAUGUUAACGAACCGAGACUCGUGAGGCCGCCUUCCACCAGAGAUCCGAUGCAUCGAUCAUUGUCAAAAGCUGAUGGAAAUAACUCAAGAGAAGUGGCAAUGCAAAGAAUGAGUAGCCAAGCUAGUCCAAAUGGAUUAAGAAAUGCCGAGACCGACGCUGGAAAUGCGCCAAGAAGAGGAAUGAUUCUACCUUUUCAACCACUUGCAAUGUCCUUUGACAGUGUUAACUACUUUGUAGACAUGCCUGCAGAAAUGAAAGAGCAAGGAGUGACAGAAGAUCGGUUACAAUUGCUUAGGGAAGUCACUGGUUCUUUUAGGCCUGGAGUUCUUACUGCACUAAUGGGAGUUAGUGGCGCGGGAAAGACAACUUUAAUGGAUGUUUUAGCUGGAAGAAAAACCGGUGGCUACAUCGAAGGAGACGUUAGAAUCUCUGGAUUCCCUAAGAACCAAGAAACCUUUGCAAGAGUUUCUGGUUACUGUGAACAAACUGAUAUUCAUUCCCCUCAAGUUACGAUCAGAGAAUCUUUGCUUUACUCGGCUUUCCUUCGGUUACCUAAGGAAGUUGGUGAUGAAGAAAAGAUACAAUUUGUGGAGCAAGUGAUGGAUUUGGUAGAGCUGCAAAGUCUCAAGGAUGCUAUUGUGGGGCUACCGGGAGUGACAGGGUUGUCAACCGAACAAAGAAAGAGGCUAACAAUCGCAGUCGAGCUUGUUGCUAAUCCUUCGAUUAUUUUCAUGGAUGAACCAACUUCAGGUCUAGAUGCAAGAGCAGCAGCUAUUGUUAUGAGGACUGUAAGAAACACUGUCGACACUGGAAGAACAGUUGUUUGCACAAUUCACCAACCUAGCAUUGAUAUCUUUGAAGCUUUUGAUGAGCUCAUAUUGAUGAAAAGAGGAGGGCAACUGAUCUAUGGAGGACCUUUAGGUCGGAAUUCACACAAGAUUAUCGAAUACUUCGAGGCUAUUCAAGGUGUCCCGAAAAUCAAGGACAUGUAUAAUCCUGCAACAUGGAUGCUCGAAGUUAGUUCCAUAGCAGCUGAAGUCCGGCUUGGAAUGGACUUUGCCGAAUAUUACAAGUCAUCAUCGUUGUUUCAGAGAAGCAAAGCUCUUGUAAAGGAAUUAAGUACACCUCCACCAGGAACAAGUGAUUUGUUUUUCCCUACUAAGUACUCUCAAUCAACAUAUGGACAAUUCAAAUCUUGUCUUUGGAAGCAAUGGUUGACAUAUUGGAGAAGUCCAGAUUACAAUCUGGUCAGAUAUUUUUUCACCUUGGCUUGUGCACUCAUGAUUGGGACAGUAUUUUGGAAAGUCGGCAAAAACAAGGAGAGUUCGAGCGACCUGACGUUGAUUAUAGGAUCGAUGUAUGCUGCAGUUGUUUUUGUCGGAAUUAACAAUUGUCAAACAGUUCAACCAAUCGUAGCCGUUGAAAGAACGGUGUUCUAUAGAGAAAGAGCUGCCGGAAUGUAUGCUCCUUUGCCUUAUGCCAUAUCACAGGUUUUCAUAGAAAUACCAUUUGUGCUAUUUCAAACCCUAUAUUACUCCAUCAUAGUGUAUGCUAUGGUGAGUUUUCAAUGGAAAGCCGAAAAGUUCUUCUGGUUCGUCUUCGUCAGCUUCUUCUCCUUCUUGUACUUCACCUACUACGGAAUGAUGACUGUUUCCAUCACACCAAACCAUCAAGUUGCAUCAAUCUUCGCAGCAGCAUUCUAUGGAGUCUUUAACCUCUUCUCUGGCUUCUUCAUCCCAAGACCAAAAAUUCCAGGAUGGUGGGUAUGGUACUAUUGGAUUUGUCCAGUGGCAUGGACAGUGUAUGGAUUAAUUGUAUCUCAAUAUAGAGACAUAGAAGAUCCUAUCCGCGUGCUUGGAUCUCCUAAUCGGAACUUCACAGUCAAAGAAUAUAUUGAAGACCAUUACGGAUUCAAAUCUGAUUUCAUGGGUCCGGUUGCGGCAGUUUUGAUUGCUUUCCCUUGUUUCUUUGCCUUUAUAUUUGCCUUCUGCAUCAAGGCACUCAACUUUCAAUCAAGAUAA